ACUGAAAGCUGCCCCAAAUAGACUGGGCGUUGUGUCGGGUGAAGGUGGUGGGGGUAUGGAUUAUCACGCAUUAGAGCAGACCCCUUUUGAGGCAUGGAGAGAAAAGGUGUUUCCGCUAAUUGCCGAACGACUUGCAAGAGAAUGCCCAUCUGUGAACACGUACCUGGUUCUGUACCAUGAAGUGACAAUAAUCAACCUGCUUGAGAUCAUGAUGUACCAUCAGGAAGUUUUUGAGGCUGUUGAUGAUGAUGCUCUUCUUGAGGUAACCCAUAUUUCGGUUUUGCGGAUCACGGGCCAGGAGAACAGAGGCGAGUGUGCGAUGGCGCGAAGAAGAACGUUGCUUGAGGAACACCCUUUGGGCAUUCAACCGCCUAGGGAAGUACCGGGUGGAGUAGAGGUUAGCUUGUCGGCAGCAAGUGAAGGCUGGCACCGGGUGGCAGAUUGGGUCGGGAUCGAGCUUGCGGAAAAUAUGGUUUACUUAGUGACGAAAGUUGAGUGGCGUGCGGCCGAGAAUGGGGAACGGAACCCAGACCCACGGGGGCACAUGCGCGCAAAAGGGUGGUUGUAUGUGUCGAAAAAUGGAUGGAGGGAGUUCGGAGUUCGGCUGGCAUCAGGAGAAGACCCGUUGAGCAUGUUUGAAGGGGCAUGGCAGUUCGUAUGGCAAGCGGGAUCUGAGUUCGCAGAUCCGGGGGUUGACGAUGCAACAGCGGACCUUAGGGUAGCCAUGGUUGGGAGUUUUGAAUUGCCUAGUGAAAGUGUACGAAUGAGGCUGCCACCCUUCUUGCUGGAAAAACUGGGCGGUUUGGAACUUGUUAGACAAGCAGUAGCCGAUCUCGCAAGCCUCGCAUAUGAAGAGGCGAUGGUACAUCGAGAAUACUACCGGGCCUUCUUAGAAAUGGGGCCGUUCAGCGGAGAGCAAAAGUACGAGGUGCUGCGCAACUGCGGGUCUUCUAAGUCGGAAAUGGCAAUGAGACGUGCGCGGAUGUCGCGACGACCUAUGCACCCGCGACCACCCACGGAAAACGAAGGUGGAUGGGAGGUGUCGCUCCCAGCAGGCUACGCGAUUCAAGGAUUGGAUACCGAGUGGAGAGCCGUGAUCCUGGGAAGAGGUCAGACGUUCAUGAUGGUGGAAUGUUUGUGGGAAGGUAUGAGAAUUAAUAGAGGAUCGGGGGACGAUCUGUACACCGAUCUUAGGGUGACGGGGACCGUAUACUUGCCAGAGCUCGGGUGGCACAUGUUAGGGACGGAGUUGGCACUAGGGCAUGGGUUGUUGCCAAUCUUCCAGAGGGCUACUAGAGUACUAAACCGGGUAGGCCAGGAAGUGCGAGGAAGAAGGAAUGUGGGGUUAAGGACUCGGGUGGAGAUAGGAGGUUGGAGAGAGUUUAAGGCCCCAAUGACCGGGCUGAGGUGCCGAGUACCUCGCUUCAUGGUAGACCUGGUAUUCGGCAGUCUCAAGAGGGCAAGGGAUUUGGUGGACUCGACCCUGGUCUGGAUCCACCUCUUCCGGCCACAAACAACGGGCAUGUUCUACGACGUGUCGGUCAGACAUGGGCCGGAUCGAGAGUCAGCCAAACUGGAGGGGACCCGAGAAGAUGGAAAGGACGCCUCUAUUGGAGAAAGCUCAGGGAAAGCUGAGGGUAGCAAAAGGGGACUUCAGGAAAACAGGGAAGGGGGAAACGAUAUGAGAACAAGUCCUCGAAAAUCAGCAGGAGCCACCCCUAAAAAGACGAAAGUCUUUGAUACUAGUCAUAAACUGACAGAGAUAGAGAAGCGGACCGCAGAAUUUAAGGCAAGACUUAUCGAGCAGAUGAUGGUCGGGGAUGAGGAGGACCUCCAGGACGCAGGGUCACGUGAGGGACGCAGGGCCGGUCAGAACGAGGCUAGGUAUGAGGGGAAGGAUGAUAGUUACAAAGGAACGCCUAGUAAGAAGGGGAAGGACAAGAGCGACCCCCCGGCGGAAGGAACGGAAAACGCUAUGACCCCACCCGCCAUUGACAGCGGCACUAGCAGACUACCCGCCACGCCGAAAGUAACAGGGGCGUGUGACGGACUUUGGAGCCUUAGGGAGAGAGUGCUAGGAUGGUUCGACCCAGAGGGAACACCGAAAACCAGGGAGAAGCAGAGGGAAAGCAAGGAAGGGGAAGGAGCCAGUGCAGCCGGGGAAGCGGGUGGCUCCGAAGACGGUCUCAAGAAAGUAGUCGCCACCCUCAACAGGACACUGAACAAGAACCAGGGGUAUCUCGCAGAUGCAAAAAAGAAACUCACGUUCGAUGGGGCCAACAUUACAGAGUUUCUAAUAGACUAUGAGAACCUAGCAGCCUUACUGAAAUGGACGGAAGAGGAAAAGAUGGAGCACCUAGGACAGCACGUAUCGCUAAGUUUGGGAAGAGACAUUAUGGCCAUCGUCGCCUUUAGUGGAUCCUGGAAAGAGACCAGGAAUGAGAUGAUGAGAAAAUACCUGAAGGCAGAAAAAAUAGCAACAGAGGCAGAAUUAGCCGCAGUCCAGAGGAAAAAUUAUGCGACCUACAACGAUUUCCUGAGGGAGUUCACGUUAGUGGCUCUGCGAAUUCCCGGGGUAACGGACCGCACAAUGAGUAAAUACUUCCUCAGGCAGUUCUCCGAGUUUGAUAAGGAUAAGAUUUUGUCAGCAUACCAGCAGACCAGUAAGUUCGAAUAUACGAGAGAUGUGGAUUUCAGCACCGUAACGGACCUUGCGGAAAAGACAGUGGUUACUGAGACGCUAGCCCUACUUAAGGAAGGGGAGGUCAUAGAUCUGACCGGGAAGACAGGGGAUAAGGUCAAGAAGGGGAUAGAGAGCCUGCACGAACGAGUGCACGGGGUUGAUAGCAAGAUGGACAGAAUGGAAAAUGCGCUGUUAGUAAUGCAGGCGCAAGUGUCAAGACCCGCCCUCCCGCCCCAAGAGGCCGUGGUUCCGGCAGCCGUAGCAAACCGGGGGUUUGGCAGAAGGGAUCCAACCAACGAACAAUGCAAGUAUUGCACCAUGAUCGGGCAUUUCGUACAGGCUUUUCGGAAGCCUCUUUACGGAGAUCGUUUCCUCGAGGUAUCCUACAUCUACUCUGGUGGGAGAGGACGGAUUGAGAUAUUGAUUGGAGCUUCAGGUGACAUCACUCUUGCGGAGGAGCUUUAUCUCAGGAGUGUCGCAGACGAGGAGAUGGCGAGAUGCAUGGCCUACAUCUGCAAGAUUGAUCCAGCUGCGCCUCUCGAUAUCAGCUAUGUGGUUCCAGAGUCUAUAGCCACGCGGGUUCUCAAUGACGAGGCGCCAGAUAUGGAGUCCCAGACGGCAACACUUACUCAUGAGGGGGUACCGCUUAUUAUCAUUGAUUGAGCUGUGUUUCGCUGUCUGGCAUCAAACUUGUUUCCUUCUUUGGGCAAUGAAUGCAUUUGGCCAUC